AUGGACAAAAAUUGGAUGAAAAAACCUCGACAUACAAAAGAGUAUCUCGAUGGUGUCAAUGAGUUUUUGAAGUUUGCGUGCGAGAAUUGUGAUACAGAUUCGUCGAUUUGUUGCCCAUGUAGAAAAUGUGGAUUACGUAAAAUGUUUAUCCCCAACAUGGUAUAUGAUCAUUUGAUUAGUUAUGGAAUUUCUCAAGGUUACACCAUUUGGCAUGCUCAUGGGGAGAGAAUAGGGGGGGCAUCUUACCAUGCUAAUGAUGCCCAAAAUAAUAAUGAGCAAAUAAAUGAAGACUCUAGUGGGAUGACAACCAUGUUACAUGAUGUUUUCCCCAUGUUUGAUCAUGAAAUGGUGGAGGGUGGGCCUGAAAUAGGUGUGGAAGAUGGAGAGGCUGGAGUGCAAAAUGAGAAUCGACAAGGUUCUAGUGAAAGAGUUAAUAAAUUUUACAAUAUGUUGAAAGAUGCUGAUGAGCCAUUAUAUGAAGGGUGCACAAAACAUACUAAGUUUAGUGCUAUCGUACGUCUCUGGAAUAUGAAGUGUUUGGGUGGAUUGAGUAAUAGCAUAUUCACAGAACUGCUUGAAUUUGUGAAUGAGUUGCUCCCACCAGGAGCAUCAUUGCCUAAAAAUGCAUAUGAGGCAAAGAAGUAUAUGAAUGAGUUAGGACUUGGAUACGAGAAGAUAUUAGUAUGUCCCAAUGGUUGUAUGUUAUUUUGGAAGGACAAUGAGAAUUUGGAAACAUGCGUGGUAUGCGGAGCGUCAAAGUGGAAGCAAAAAGAGUCUAUGAAUGAUAUGUCUAAAAAAGGUAAAAGAAGUCCAGCGAAAAUAUUAAGGUGGUUUCUGUUAAAAACAAGGUUGCAAAGGCUUUUUAUGUCAUCGAAGACUUCUUCACAAAUGAAAUGGCAUGCUGUGGGCCGUACAAAUGAUGGGGUAUUAAGGCAUCCAGCAGAUGGCAUGGCCUGGAAGACGUUUGAUACACAACAUGAUGAUUUUGCCUCUGACCCCCGCAAUGUUAGGCUUGGUUUAUCUGCAGAUGGCUUUAAUCCUUUUGGGAACAUGAGCAUUUCUUAUAGUACUUGGCCGGUUAUGUUGGUACCUUACAAUUUACCUCCUUGGAUGUGCAUGAAACGAUCAAGUUUCAUGCUAUCGUUGAUUAUACCGGGACCAUCAUCACCUUCAAUGAAUAUAGAUGUAUACUUAGAGCCUCUAAUAUCAGAAUUAAAGGAAUUAUGGGAGGUUGGAGCACCAACCUAUGAUAUUUGCUCUAGAGAGAUCUUUACAAUGCUCGUAGCUUUAAUGUGGAUGAUAAAUGAUUUUCCUGCGUAUGGUGAUUUGUCUGGGUGGAGUACGAAAGGUCGUUUAGCAUGUCCUAUUUGUAUGGGUAACACAAGAUCUAGAUGGCUGAAACAUGGAAAAAAGUUUUCCUAUAUAGGGCAUAGACGAUUCUUGCCAAGUAAUCAUAGGUGGAGAAUGAUGGCAAAAACAUUUGAUGGUACACGAGAAAUUGAUCCUUCACCUACUAUGCCAACACCUGAUGAAAUCUUGGAACAAUUAGAUGAUUUAAAUUAUAAUUUAUUGCGUCAUAAUCUUGAUGUGAUGCACAUUGAAAAAAAUGUGGUGGAUAAUAUUGUUGGCACACUAUUAAAUAUUGAUACAAAAUCAAAAGAUGGCAUAAAGGCACGCCUUGACUUACAAGAGAUGGGUUUGAGACCACAACUUCAUCCGAUUAUAACAGAUGCAAACAAGACAUAUUUGCCUCCUGCUAUUUUCACAAUGAGUAACAAAGAAAAAGAAGACUUGUUAAAGGUUAUACAAAAUGUAAAAGUACCAGAUGGUUAUUCUUCAAAUGUUUCACGUUGUGUCAAGCUUCAACACCGUACUAUAGUGGGCAUGAAGAGUCAUGAUUGCCAUAUACUGAUGCAACAGCUCCUGCCAAUUGCAUUACGUGGAUCAUUACCUAAGAAGGUAAUAGAACCAUUAAUCAAGCUAUCUGGAUUCUUCAGGGGAGUUUGUUCCAAAAUGUUGCGGCUUGAAGAUUUGGACCGAUUGGAAUCUAGAAUACCUUACAUAUUGUGCCAAUUAGAAAUGAUAUUUCCGCCAUCAUUUUUCACGGUUAUGGUUCACUUGACUAUACAUUUAGUUGCAGAAUGUAAGCUUGGAGGACCCGUUCAUUAUCGAUGGAUGUAUCCCGUUGAAAGGUACCUGCACCGACUUAAGUUUCAUGUGUGUAACAAAGCUGCACCAGAAGGUUCCAUUGCUGAAGGAUAUUUGCUGGAGGAAUUAUUGACAUUUUGUUCUCGUUAUUUAGAAUCCGCUCUAACGGUUUUCAAUAGACCAUCUAGAAACCCGGAUGAUUCUAAAGGGAAAGUUGUUGACGUUCGCCUCGAUUUUAUGUCGUGGACCCAAGCACAUCGCUAUAUUCUCUUCAACUCUGACGAUUUCACUCCAUUCCGCAUGAUGCACUUGGAAAUAAUGAGGCAUACAGUUGAUGGGAAUCAUUUAUCGAAUGAUGAACUACAGAAGAGGCACGAAGACCAAUUUUGUAAUUGGUUCCAAGACUAUGUAAUGAAAAUGGAUGACAAUGGAAGAAGCAAAUUGGGCCAUAAAGUCGUAAUGCAUUCUAAAGGACCCAUGCGAGUUGCCAAAGAAUUUAAACGAAUUGUCAUCAAUGGCACAAAAUAUCACGUUACUCAGGGUAGAGGUUUCAAGGAGGACGAGUUUGGCUUUACUAUUGUAAAUUUUUCUCAUCUAGUACACACUGGUAGUCGGAUAACUGAUGAUCCGUUUGUUUUAUCUUCUCAAGUAUCUCAAGUAGUUUAUGUGGCAGAUGAAAGAUGUCCAAAUUGGGUCGUCGUCGUUAAGACAAAACCAAGAGACGUGUAUGACACUGGUGAAGAGGAAGUGACUGACGAUGAUGAGGAUGAAUAUUUCGUCAAUGAAUAUUGUAUUAACACUUCCAACGAUGAAGCUAUUGAACUUGGUAUUGACGAUGUUGUGUGGACGCGAAAUGACAUAGAUGGAAUGACAAUCGAAACUCGCUAA